CGCAGCCGGCUGGGCGCCGCCACGUUCGCCGGCCUCGAGCAGGCGCGCCGGCUGCGGCUCGACGACUGUAAGCUGGACGAGCUGACGCCGGCCGCGCUGGCGCCGCUGGUCGCGCUGCGCGAGCUCACCGUCCGCACCGGCAACGCCGAUUGGGGCGCGCGCCGGCUGCGAAUUCCGUCGCACGCGUUCGCCAAGUUGCGCCACUUACGUAAAUUGGAGCUCAGCCACAACGGCAUACAAAAACUGGGUUCGGACGUGCUGUGCGGUGCGCCAAGCCUGCACCGACUCAGUCUGGCGCACAACGCGCUGGCGGUCUGCCACGUUGGGCUGGACGGCUGCGCCAGCAAGCUGCACCACCUGGACCUGUCGCACAACCGUCUGGGCGACGUGCCAGGAGACUGCCUGGCCGGGCUGCGCCAGCUGCGCUCGCUGCGACUCGGGCACAACCGGAUCCGUGCCAUCGGCGCCCGCUCGUUCGCCGCGCUCUCGCACCUGCGCGCGCUCUCGGUCGAGUCGAGCGGCCUCCAUCACGUGGCGGCGGAGGCAUUCGCCGCCAACGGCGAGCUGCGCAGCCUCGAGCUGCAGGGCAACGCGUUGGAGCGGCUGCCCGCGGCGGCGCUGCGCGAGCUGCGCCACCUGACGCUGCUCAACCUGUCGCGCAACACGCUGGGCCGCGGCGGCGACGGCAGGCUGGCCGUGCGCGGCCCGCUGCGGCUGACCGUACUGGACGUGUCGCACAACGCGCUGACGGCGCCGCCGCAGCUCGGCGACCUGUUCAGCCUGCAGGCGCUCAACCUCUCGCACAACCGCAUCGCGGCCGUCAGCGGCGUGCAGUUCGCGGCGCUCGUCAACCUGGGCACGCUCGACCUGAAGGCCAACCGGCUGCGCCACCUGCCGCCGCUGACGAUGCGCGGCCUCACGCACCUGCAGCUGUCGCGCAACCGGCUCGAGUCGGUGGCGGCGGUGGCGCUGGCCGGCUGCCCGGCCCUGCGCAGCCUCAACCUGUCGGAUAACCGGCUGCCGGUCGUGCCCGGCGCCGUCCACCAGCUGCAGUACCUGGAGGAGCUGGACCUGGCUGGCAACCGGCUGCGGAACGUGACGUCACGGCGCGCCGGGAGCGGCGCCGGCCUGGCCAGCCUACGGCGGCUCGACCUCUCGCGCAACGGCAUCACCAACAUCGGCGCCAGUGACCUGCUGCCGCUGUGGAGCGUGCAUUGGCUCGAUCUCAGCGACAACAACAUCUCCAGCGUGGCGGUCGGCACGUUUCAAAAGCUGAGCGCGAUCGCGAUGCUGCGGCUCGCGCGGAACCAGGUGGCCGAGAUCGGCGAACUGUUUAUGGCGGUGAAGACGCUGCGCCGGCUCGACUUGUCGCACAACAAAAUAUCUCGUUUUGACUUGGCGAUGAUCCCCCGGCAGCUGCGGGUUUUGGACCUGGGCUUCAACAACAUCUCGAAGCUUGAUAACCAAUUCGACGUUGAAAACAUCAUCGAUCUGGAGGUUCUGAAUCUCACAAAUAACGCAAUAAGAAACUUGACGGCCGGCGCCGUGCCGAGCCGGCUUCUGGAGCUGAUCGCCAGUCACAACAACAUCUCCUACGUCGCCAGCGACGCUUUCGUCAACAGAACCGGCCUGGCGCUCAUCGACCUGCGGUCCAACCGGCUUCGCUCCCUCAACGACUUCUCGCUGAAGAACCGCACCCUGCUGCUGGGCGGAAACCACGUCCUCUGUGACUGCACGAUGGAGUGGCUGCUAACCGGCUCGACGCUCAUCGCUGACCAGCACGACAUCCUCUGCGACGUGCUUGACGGGCGGCGCGGGGCGCGGACGGCACUCUCCGCCAUGACGCCGUCCAUGUUCCUGUGCCGCUACGAGACGCACUGCUUCGCGCUCUGCCUGUGCUGCGAGUUCGACGCGUGCGACUGCGAGAUGGCCUGCCCGCAGGGCUGCUCGUGCCUCCACGACCUACUGUGGAACAUCAACACGGUGGACUGCUCGCACCAGAACCACUCGCGCAUCCCGCAGCCGAUGCCGAUGGACGCCACGGACGUGUUCCUCGACGGGAACGCGAUCGUCUCGCUCGGGAACCACGUGCUCAUCGGACGGAAAUACAUGAGGCGGCUGUACCUGAAUAAUUCCGACAUUGACGCGGUCGACAAUAAAACAUUCAACGGCCUCUCGGGCCUGCACGAGCUGCACUUGCAGCACAACCGGAUACACACGCUCGUCGGCUACGAGUUCGAGGACCUGGCCAGCCUGCAGCGGCUCUACCUCCACCGCAACCGCAUCGCCUGGGUGAACGCCAGCGUGUUCGAGCCGCUGCUGCUUCUGCGCGAGCUCACGCUGCACGCCAACCGGCUCUCCGAGUUCGAGCAGUGGCCGUUCGCACACAACCCGGGGCUCACGCUGCUCACGCUGGCCGAGAACCGCUGGAGCUGCCGCUGCGAGCCUCUGCGCCGGCUCCGUCGCUGGCUGCUGGCCAACGUGAAGCGUGUGGCCGACGCCAGCCGCGUGGCGUGCGGAGAGGCGCUGGCCAGCGGCGCCGCGGCAGUCGUCGCCAGUCGCGCGGACGUGUACGUGUCGCUGUCGCUGUUCGUCGUGCUGUCCGCCAGCGUGUUGGUGGCCCUGACGGUGGCGGCGUUCGCGUUUCGCCGCCAGAUCCGGCUGUUCCUCUUCACCGAGCUAAACGUGCGGCUGGGCGAAGCCGACGACGGCGAGGGCAGCCUGUUCGACGUGUUCGUCAGCUACGGCUCCAAGGACGCGCAGCUGGCCGGCAGGCUGGUGGCCGAGCUGGAGACGGGCCACCCGGCCUUCCGCUGCUGUGUGCUGCACCGCGACGUGCCGCCGCAGCCGGACGCCAUCCGGCGCGCGGCCGCCGCCAGCCGGCGCGUGCUGCUGAUCGUCACGCAAAACUUCCUCGACAACGAGUGGUGUCACUUUGACUUCAAGUCGGCGCACACGGACGCGGCGGUCAGCGGCCGCCGCCGGCUGGUGCUCGUCUGCGACGGCCGGCUGCCGGACGCCGAAACCGACCCCGAGAUGGCGCUGCUGCUGCGGGCACACCCGGUGGUGCGCUGCGGCCAGAAGCGGUUCUGGCGGACGCUGCGCUUCCGGCUGCCGCGGCCCGACGUGCCCGGCCUCUUCGUGGAGACGCACGACAGCUCGCGCGUGUACUACACCAUAGAUUUCCAGGGCGGCCACACCGGCCCGGCGGCCAGCCCCUCCGGCGCGCGCCACGCCACGCUGCACACCUACCAGAACAGCGACGAGCUGGCGGCGGCGGCCGAGUCGCCCUCAGUGGACGGCCGCGAGGCGCCCGGCUACCUGCCCGCCAGCUGGGUGUUCUACUCGGUGCGGCGGGGCGCGGCCCCGCCCGGCGAGCAGCACGCGGGCCAGACGUACCUUGUGUAG